UCCUGCAGGUGACCUGACACUGGGCUUGAUCUCAACAUGCCAUUAGUAAAAAGAAACAUCGAUCCGAGGCACUUGUGCCACACAGCACUGCCUAGAGGCAUUAAGAAUGAGCUAGAAUGUGUGACCAAUAUUUCUUUGGCAAAUAUAAUCAGACAACUAAGUAGUCUAAGUAAAUAUGCUGAAGAUAUAUUUGGAGAAUUAUUCAAUGAAGCACAUAGUUUUUCCUUCAGAGUUAAUUCAUUGCAAGAACGUGUGGACCGUUUAUCUGUUAGUGUUACACAGCUUGAUCCUAAAGAAGAAGAGUUGUCUCUGCAAGACAUAACGAUGAGAAAAGCUUUCCGAAGUUCUACAAUUCAAGAUCAGCAGCUUUUUGACCGUAAGACUUUACCAAUUCCGUUACAGGAGACAUAUGAUGUUUGUGAACAGCCUCCUCCUCUCAAUAUACUCACUCCUUAUAGAGAUGAUGGGAAAGAAGGUUUGAAAUUUUAUACCAAUCCUUCCUAUUUCUUUGAUUUAUGGAAAGAAAAAAUGUUACAAGAUACAGAGGAUAAGAGGAAGGAAAAAAGAAAACAGAAGCAGAAAAAUCUAGACCGUCCUCAUGAACCAGAAAAAGUGCCGAGAGCACCUCAUGACAGGCGAAGAGAGUGGCAGAAGCUGGCCCAAGGUCCAGAGCUGGCGGAAGAUGAUGCUAAUCUCUUACAUAAGCAUAUUGAAGUUGCUAAUGGACCAGCCUCUCAUUUUGAAACAAGACCUCAGACAUAUGUGGAUCAUAUGGAUGCAUCUUAUUCACUUUCUGCCUUGCCAUUUAGUCAGAUGAGUGAGCUUCUGACUAGAGCUGAGGAAAGGGUGUUAGUCAGACCACACGAACCACCUCCACCUCCACCAAUGCAUGGAGCAGGAGAUGCAAAACCCAUACCUACUUGUAUCAGUUCUGCUACAGGUUUAGUAGAAAAUCGUCCUCAGUCACCAGCUACAGGCAGAACACCUGUGUUUGUGAGCCCCACCCCGCCACCUCCUCCACCACCUCUUCCAUCUGCCUUGUCAACUUCUUCAUUAAGAGCUUCAAUGACUUCAACUCCUCCCCCACCAGUACCUCCCCCACCCCCACCUCCAAGCACUGCUUUGCAAGCUCCAGCAGUGCCACCACCUCCAGCUCCUCUUCAGAUCGCCCCUGGAGUUCUUCACCCAGCUCCUCCUCCAAUUGCACCUCCUUUAGUCCAGCCCUCUCCGCCAGUAGCUAGAGCUGCCCCAGUGUGUGAGACUGUACCAGUUCAUCCACUCCCACAAGGUGAAGUUCAGGGGCUGCCUCCACCCCCACCACCUCCUCCUCUGCCUCCUCCUGGCAUCCGACCAUCGUCACCUGUCACAGUUGCAGCUCUUGCUCAUCCUCCUUCUGGGCUACAUCCAACUCCAUCUACUGCUCCAGGUCCCCAUGUUCCAUUAAUGCCUCCAUCUCCUCCAUCACAAGUUAUACCUGCUUCUGAGCCAAAGCGUCAUCCAUCAACCCUACCUGUCAUCAGCGAUGCCAGGAGUGUACUUCUGGAAGCAAUACGGAAAGGUAUUCAGCUACGCAAAGUAGAAGAACAGCGUGAACAGGAAGCUAAACAUGAACGCAUUGAAAAUGAUGUUGCCACCAUCCUGUCUCGCCGUAUUGCUGUGGAAUAUAGUGAUUCAGAAGAUGAUUCAGAAUUUGAUGAAGUAGAUUGGUUGGAGUAAGAAAAAAUGCAUUGAUAAAUACUACAAAACUGAAUGCAAAUGUCCUUUGUGGUGCUUGUUCUUUGAAAAUGUCUGGUCACUCUAUAGUGUUUUGCUUUCUUUUCCUUAUAAUAAAUAACCUUUUCCUCCAUCAUUUUUUUUAUUUCUAAGAAAAAUACUAGCAUACAUUUCAAACUAAAUGUUUUAUAGUGGCUUUAUCUUAUUUUUUUUCCCAGAAAAGACAUAAUUUGAUCAAAUAAACCACUAAGUAUUAAGCAUGGACAGCUGUUAUUAGAGUAGCAAAUUCAGUUUUUUUAUAUAUAUUGUGCACUUUGUGAAUUUUAAUUUCAAGAAAGUGACUGAGAUUGAAUCCUGAGGGCAGCUGUAUCUGUUAAUGAGCCUUAUUACAUUUCUGUAUGUUUUACAAGAAGAAACACUGCCUCAUUUCAUGAGUACACUCAGAAAGUACAUUUAGCUAGUAGUGUUGAAUUCUCUUAAAGGAAUGCUUGAAUUUUUGUUUAAUUAUCGUUUUAUUGUUUUUUUAAAUACUUGCCUUAUUUGAAUGUUUAGCAGUCCCCUCUUCCCAGUUAUAUAUUGUGUGGUACGAUUUUGCUUGCCUCUAAGAGUUUAAAAAAAUUUUCCAUGUGAAAUCCUCUGACUUAAACAUACAUGUAACUUACAUAACUGUUAAGAAUAACAGUCUGAUUUAAUAAAUGGUUCAUUUUAAAGGUU